CAACACUCGUUUCUUUAAAGUCAGGCUCUUAGUCUUAGUUAAUCGACUCCUAGGAACGAAUGUUCAAAUUUAAACACCAAUACCUUCUGCCCUCUCCUAAGUUCGGAAGAGUUGGCUUACUUUCAGCAGGUCCUGGCAGUCCUGCUACUGCAACAGUUGAAUCCUUGGACCAUCCCAAUGAUGAUGAUCCAGAAGCUUUCCCAACUCAGAUCACGCCAUUUUAGAAACAUCUAACUCUCAAUCAUUGGACCCAAGUUUUUAUCUUUUUACACUUCCCAAAUGUAAAAACGUACCCCAGAUCAAACAAGUUCACAGCCAAGUAACUGUGAACGGACUGCUUAAAAAUCUUGUCAUUGCUAAUAAACUUCUUUACAUGUACACAGCGCACAGGGCUGUAACUGAAGCUCAUGGUUUGUUUUGUGGAAUUAAGGAGAAAAAUUCAAUGUCUUGGAGCGUUAUGGUUGGUGGGUUCGCGAAAAAUGGGGACUGUGUAGAUUGUUUUAGGACUUUUAGGGAGUAUAUAAGGUCAGCGGAUCAUCCCGAUAACUAUACAUUGCCUUUGGUGAUAAGGGUUUGUAGAGAUACAACCGACCUCCAAAUGGGUAGAUUGAUUCAUCAAAUUGUACAUAAAUUUGGAUUGCAUUCUGAUCCUUUUGUUGCUGCAGCCCUAGUGGAUAUGUAUGCGAAAUGUAAGGUUAUCGAUGAUGCCAAGACGAUGUUUGAUACAAUGCUUGAAAGGGACCUCGUCACUUGGACGGUCAUGAUUGGGGCGCAAACUGAAUGUGGAAGCGCAAACGAGGCCCUUUUGUUGUUUGAUAGGAUGCAAGAAGAAGGUAUUGUCCCGGAUAGCGUUGCUAUGGUAAAUGUUGUUAAUGCUUGUGCCAAAUUAGGGGCUAUGCACAAGGCUAGGCUUGUCCAUGAUUAUAUUUCUGGGAAGAAAUUUUGGUUGACUGUGGUUCUAGGAACUGCGAUGAUUGAUAUGUAUGCCAAGUGUGGGUGUGUGGAAUCUGCUAGAGAGAUAUUUGAUAGAAUGGGAAUAAAAAAUGUAGUAACUUGGAGUGCAAUGAUUGCGGCUUAUGGAUAUCAUGGGCGUGGUAGAGAAGCUCUUGACUAUUUCUCUAUGAUGUUAAUGACUGGGAUGGUGCCUAAUAGUAUCACUUUUGUCUCAAUAUUGUAUGCUUGUAGUCAUUCAGGGAUGGUUGAAGAUGGGCUUAAGCUCUUCUCCCUUAUGCAAGAAGAGUAUGGUGUUAGACCAAAUGUGAAACAUUUUACUUGUGUGGUUGACCUCUUGGGCCGCGCUGGGAGACUUGAUGAAGCCUCGAGCUUAAUCAAGAAUAUGGCCAUUGAAAAGGAUGAGGGACUGUGGGGAGCUUUACUAGGGGCAUGUCGAAUUUAUGGUCAUGUUGAACUUGCAGAAGAGGCAGCAAGAUCUCUUCUUGAAUUGCAGCCUGAAAAUGCUGGGCAUCAUUAUAUAUUGCUUGCUAAUAUAUAUGCCAGAGCAGGGAAGUGGAAAGAUGUUGCCAGGAUUCGGGAACUAAUGACCCGUCAGAGAUUGAAAAAAGUUCCUGGUUGGACAUGCAUUGAAGUGGAUAACAAAAUCCAUCAAUUUACCAUUGGAGACCAUUCUCAUCCUCAGUUGAAGGAGAUAUAUGAGAAGCUAAAAUGUUUGUGCAAUAAAUUAGAGCUGGCUGGCUAUGUUCCCGACACGAAUUAUGUGUUGCAUGAUGUUGAUGAGGAAUGUAAGCGAGGAAUCUUAUACACACACAGCGAAAAGUUGGCUAUCACAUUUGGUCUCUCUGCGACUCCUGAGGGAAGCCCUAUUAGAAUUACAAAGAACCUAAGGGUUUGUGGUGAUUGUCAUACAUUUAUUAAAUAUGUUUCAUUAGUGGCAAAUAGGUUAGUUAUUGUGCGAGAUGCAAAUAGAUUUCAUCAUUUUAAGGAUGGUGCUUGUUCUUGUGGAGAUUACUGGUGAUUGCUGUUUCCACGUUGGUGGGAUGACUCCUCCCUCACCCUACAUAGAAUUUUUUGUUUGUGACUAUGUGGAUGCAAAAAUGGCGUCUGUUGUGAAAAUUUGAAAUUUGAGGGUUGUAUACAGACUCGUGGGACACUCUAUGCAGAGCUUCUGCAACUGCUGUUGAUGUGCGCUUCUGCCACUGUGAAUGCUAGCUUGGUUGCCUUCACUAUCUUGUGGUCCUUGACGCCGGGCCUCUAGUUGAUUUUAAGUGAUAAAUAUAUUGUGUACAUAGUUAGAGCUAUACUAGCUCCUUGUUUUGAAUUCUUCGUUGUCUUCCAAAUGUCCAAAAGCCCCAUGUGAUCAUAUCAUUCUGCUAUACUGCACAUGAGUGUUCCACUAACAGAGCAAACGAGGAUAUCUCCACAUAUCUGCAUGAUGUUGGUAAGGAACUCGAACACGAAUCUUAUACAUACACUCACAGUGAAAAGUUGACAUUGCAUUUGGGCGCUCCUGAUGGAACCAUAUUAGGAUUACUAAGUAUUUUAGGGUCUGUGGUGAUUGUCACACAUUUAUUAAGGAAGGUACUUGUUCUUGUGGAGAUUGCAGGUUAAUGCUGUUUCCACCCUGGUGAGGUGAGUUUUCUCCCAUCUGUGUAUCUUACCCUCAUCCAUAGUGCUACAACUAAAAAAAUCCAUUAUUAGAAUGCCAUUCUUUGUGAUUAUAUUGCACGAGAAAUGGUAUUUGGAACAGAAAAUUUGGACAGCUUGUACAGAUCUAAUGGCCUAUUGGAAUUGGCAGUCCAUCUACAGGUUCUGCCACUGCCGUUAAUGCGGAGUUUUGCUACCAUGGAUGCUAGCUUGUUUGACUCUCUCUAUCUUGUGGUCCUUAACUGGCAGGCCUGCUAAUUGAUUUUGAACUGUUGAGCCCAUAUGCGUCUCAACUUCAGGAUGGAUCAGUUUGGCUCCAUACUUUCUUAAUUGUCUUCCAAAAAACACAAGUUAAAAGCACCAUGUGCUGAUAUCAUUGUGCUACUCCGCUCUCUACAUGUUUCUUCAACCAACAGAACACUCAGUCAGCAUAUCUCUUCAUACCUGCUCUGGGCUUAAGCUGUACUAUCUUCCAGGUCUGUGUCUUUGGAAUCCACAAGGAAUUACUACUACUGAUUGAAGUGAGAUGUACAGAAGCUUUGACAUGUUAUUACGCCCCCAAACAAGCAAAGUUGUAAAAGUCCAUACUUUUUAAUUGCUGAAUGGACUUAGUGCAUGUAUAUGUGUGCACCGGUAACUCUUAAGCAUUGGCUAUGCUGCAUUUGCAAAUGUAGUACAAGUCACUGGUCUAGUCUCGAUUCUUGAAGUAAGAAACAUUUCAACAUUGAACUGAUGAUAUUACUUAAAUAUAGCAAUUGGCUACGCUGCACUUUGACUUAGUGGGCUGCAUAAUGCAACCUACCC